AUACCCUUUUAAUCGUGUUUUGUUAACAGAAGCAAUACAUAUUAUCUGACAGGGUGUCGCGUAACAUUUGAAAAUCACGCCUCUAGACUACGCUUCACUAGUUUUGCUUACGCAACCUCCCGGUUGGCACCGAAGAACAGGUUAUACCCCAACCACAGCGACAAGGCCGCCAGUGGGGACUUUAGUUCGCCAUUUGCUCGACCCUAGAACCGCUUGAUUCCGAUCAUCAUUCUGGUCCACAAACAUGGUCCGUACGGAGUACAGUGCAGUUCGUAAAACGGAGGUGCGCGGCUUCUUCGUGAGUUUAGUGAACGUGGCUUUGGUGCUGUUCAUGUUGUUUUCUCUGCUGAUUGCCUUGACCGUGAUAGCUGCGCUGUUAGCUCACGAGAAAGGAAAAGAAAAGCACUCUGGAGUAAUUAAUGGUGACCCCAAAGAGAAUGGUAAGUCAAGUUAUCAGUGUGAAGUCUAUUGCUACCGCCUUUAAUCUUGAAUCUUUAAUCUUUAAUUGGUAUAUACUUCUAAAGCCAACCAAAAGGGACCCCAAUGUGACAACUGCGAUGCGUCGUUUCAUUCAAGCUGUUGUGCCGUUAGCGAUGAAUUGUGUUAUGCCAUGGCUAACAGAAUCUGAAGCGCCUGUAUUUGCGACUUAUUAUAGACUGUCAUACGUAGAUCUGUAUUCAACACCGGCUAACUACCAUCAUAAUUGCGAAUAAUAAUGUAGCGAAGGGUCCUUCAGAGAAGAUACAUCUCAAAGAAUCUUAGCAAAUGUCCGAGGUCUCUCCGUCUCAAGUUUUUUUAUUCUUUCUCAAAGAAACAUAAUUCUCAUUCGUCAUCUCCCCCAGAUACCGAUUUUUUAUUAGAUUGGUAUGGUUGGUCACAUCGCAUCUACUGAAACUGUAUCAAUCGCCCAAACAAAGGCAUGUAUCUUAUUUCAAAAAAAGUUCAAAAACAAUGAGGCAGUGCUGUAGGUUAGUGUGGAAGAAAGCUCUCAUCCGUGAAUAGAAUUGAAAAGAAUAUGUUAAUAUUAUGAACCAAUUCAUCGUGUUUUCCCUUGGAUGCCCGAUUCCAUUGAGCGGAGUCCAAAUGUCGCUUAACACCUCCAUAUGACUAACCGGCUAACCGCCCUAACCGGGCGACUAGUGUUAUCUGGUAUAAGUACGGUAGAAACACACCGUUUAAAUCAUUUUGGGUUCGGCUGUUUUAAUUAGGAAAGACAAACAAAGUUAAGCUUCGUUAAGCUUAUCGCUUGGCUGGGCCGCAAACAUGCAAAAGUAGAAAGAUUUUUUGAAAAAUCACCUGUCUUUCGCCAGCCUUGAUUGCAGACCGUUUCAGACAUCAUAUCUCGGUUAGUUCUUUCUUAAACCCAAUAUUAAGCAGAUUGUUUGUUUUGGGUCAUAAUCCGUACAAUCCACUUUUCUCCCGACGUGAUUUUAUCUCAGUCUAAACUAAGACAAAUUCAACUGAUUUCAUUAUCAACGCCGCCUAGAGCGCAUUGAGCUUUAUAAAAACGCGUGCUGUGCUUGGCUCAUAUAUAAUUGAGGCUGGAUUUUUGCAUGAGUUACGCUUUAAAAUGUUCAGUUGACUGGUGAUAAAGAUUGUAAAACUCUGUUAACGACAACCACAUGCUAAACUAACUUCUUCUUGACUGCCACUAGCUCGGUCCCCUACUUUUUUAAGCAGGACUCGCUUCCCUCAGGCCAUACCUGACAUACAUGGGGUUAUCGAAUUGCUAUCUGUGCGGAUAUGGGGUUAUCUUGACUUGAUGGUCAUGCAAAUAAAGCUAGUUGCUGUUUUUGUUGUUGUUGUUGCCUGCUGGUUCCCUCAAAAGUAGUGUGUUUAUGUUCUUUAACUUGUUCUGUCAAGAUAGUUUCACUUCCCGCUUCUUCAAUAACCCAUAUUUAUCUCUUUAACUUUUCAUUUGCGUUUCCGUUCGUUUGUUUCCUCUCAGUUAAAGAGUCCUUUUUGCGUCCCAUGUCCUGUGACGUUGUUGUAGUCGGAGGAGGUAUUUCAGGAAUGUACAUGGCAGAGACACUCAUGCGAAUGAAGAAAGAAGACAACGUGUGUUUGUUUGAAAAAGAUUCCAGAUUUGGAGGACGAGACUAUGACUUCAGGUUUAGCCAAGCGCCAAACAUCAGCAUAAGUAAGUUUGUAACUUAGUGUGUUGUCGCUCAGAAACACGCUUUUCCUGUUUUCGGCGGUCAAAUUUUCUUCUAAGGUAGACUUACCUUUCCCUUUCUAGUUAAACCCAAAGAAGCUGAAAAGUAAUAAGAAGCUUCAAACAGUGCUGCUUUACAAAGGCUAUCACCUUUUUUGCUCGAAAGGCCUGGUUAUGACUUGCAACACGAGUCACGCAGCGCUUGUGAUUUGAAUCCGAAAACUAUAGACAAUUUUAUGUUUGCUUUGCAGCCAUUCACUCCAUUUCAUUAGCUGUUAUUGCAAUAAGUCUGCGUUCAAAUAUUUUUUUUGUUAGACGGGAUCCAAAUGAAGAAAAGGUUCAACACAAAGAAGGAUUAACCCGCUUUUUGUCUCGUUUUAAUCUCAACCCGCUAAUACACUGAAAAUUCAAACACCGCAGCUUAGCUUUGCUCGUUCCCAUUAAACUCACACACAAAGACAAUAAAAUUCGUUUCGCACUGAAAAGAGCUGAAAAUUUAGAAAAUUAUCCCCGGGUAGAAAUAGUAAUGGCAAAAUUUUGAAAUAGCUCGAUAUAUUGUCAUUAAAAAAAAUUUUAAAAAAAUGUGUUUCUUCGUUGCCUGUUUCAACUUAUCACUCCCAGUGAAUUUGUUUGCACUUUGAAGUCGCAAAAGCGAAAAGUCGAUCGCAAAUCCCUAACUGAAGCCUGUCAAGUCAACAAUGUCACCAAUUGCUAAACGAUGUGCUUAAAUUUACCCUCGAAGGUUUAGGAGCCUGGCGUGUGGAUAGAGAACACAAGAGAGUGAUGUAAGAAAUAUUAAUUUCUAUAUAUUUAUGAUCAUGACCACUCAAUUCUCGAUCCUACAAAAAUAGGUUCUCUAUAGGUACUGAAUAUCGUGUCCUUUUAUCGCUGUCCACGGGUUCUAGGGGUGUAGAACUUCGUAGUAAAAAUGGCUCCAAGGGAAAAAAAAAGGUCUCAUUACUCCACAUCUUUUCCUCAGGGAUUCAAGGAACGUAAAUUUGUUUGAACUCCUAGGAUAAAAAGUCUUGCGCUUUGAGCUGCAAGGCAAAUUCUUCAGCCUUCCAGAGUUCCAGCUGGAUCCCAUUGCUCGAGAUCAGAUGGAUGGCCCAGAGCUACCACAUAGUUAUAAAAUUUAUGGCAAUUUUCUUGAGCAAAUUUGAUCGAGUCUGUUUUGGGGCUGCUGGAAUAUAAUCUCGCCAAUUGUCGGCGAUUUCUCAGCUCAGUACCAGUUAAAAUUUCAGUCCAUUUGUUAGCUUUCAGUCAAUUUUGCAGAUCUCAAAUCCCAGCUGAUAGAUAAAAACGUGUUAUUUCUCAGCUGUCAGUCCAGUUAAACCAGAAUCGGGUAACAUCAGGGAACAUGGAUCAAUUCCUUUUGAUUUUUUCCAAGCUUGUGAGGAGAGUCGCUAUCAAAAAAAAAUUAAGGAUUGUUGUUGGCGAUGGGUUUACAUAAAUUGCAGGUUUACAGUAUAUAUUUUAUUUUCAGGACCCUAGCUAGUCGAUUCAAUAUCCCGAUGUUGAAAAUGGACAUAAACGAUGCACAUUGGGAAACAAGAGGAGUCUUUGUAUCUAGUACCCAGGUCCUCAAAGAGCAAGCUUUCCCGACUCUGCUGUCAGGCCCCUUUGCGAACAUGACUUUGUCCGAAAUGCUGAAAUAUGCUUGGAUGAACAUUACUAGAGAGAAAACACUUGAAUUUCCGUCUUUCCGAGAUUUUGUGUGCCACCAACUUGGAAGUGAAGGCUGCGAGUUCUAUUGGGCCAUGUACGCUACAAAGCGAAAUUAUGGUGAAGAAAGCACUUUGUUUAGAUACGAACUGAAUGAAGCUUCCAGCAAUUCUUCGUAUGAUUACUAUCGGCCGCCUGGUGGCCUAUCAGAUAUCGUCAAUGCAUUGGAAAGAUCUGCGAAGCGUUUGGGAGUAAAGAUGUACGCCAAGGAGAAAGUCAAAGCAAUUUAUAGGAAAGAAAACAUUUUUACAGUUGAUACAGAUAAUUUUACAGUGUCGGCCAGAAAGCUCAUCAUUGCCGUGCCACGCACUCCAUUUGAAGAGAUAGCUGGGGACUUGGCUGCAGAUAUUAAAAGAAAUGUCUUCUUCGAAGCAAUUUUUGCAAAGUCUGGCUUUAAAGCUGUAGCGGUUUACAGUUAUCCUUGGUGGGAAAACAUUACUUCGUUUCACAAUCUGACACUGACGAAGCCGUUUGAAAUAUUCUUUUCUGCAGCUUCUUGUCUAGUUUCUAUAAUGCCUUACAGUGGUAGAGGACCCAAAGGCGAAGCCGUCCUUCAGCUGGCAUACGCUUGGAGAGCAUGCGCAGUCAAGUGGGGCGAGCUUUCCAAGUUGCCUAAAGCAGUUUUGGAGUCGGAGUUAAAGAAAGCUAUUCAGGAAGUGUUUCCAGGAGCAGUCUUACCAGAGCCUCUGGAUAUGGUGUUCAAAUAUUGGGAGAAAGUAGCUUGGUGAGCAAACUUUUCUGCGAGAAGCUCUUC